CUCUGGAUGAAGGCGACAUAGCUCUACUGAAGACUUACGGUGCUGGCCAGUACAGUGCAUCUAUUAAACAAGUUGAAGAUGACAUGGCAAGCAUUGCUAAACGCGUAAAUGAACUAACAGGUAUAAAGGAGUCUGACACAGGGCUGGCACCUCCAGCCUUGUGGGAUUUAGCUGCAGACAAACAGACACUUCAGAGUGAGCAGCCUUUACAAGUGGCCAGAUGUACGAAGAUCAUCAAUGCAGAUUCCGAUGAUGCCAAGUACAUCAUAAAUGUCAAGCAGUUUGCCAAAUUUGUUGUGGAUCUAAGUGACCAAGUGGCACCAACAGACAUUGAAGAGGGAAUGAGAGUAGGUGUUGACAGAAAUAAAUACCAGAUCCACAUUCCACUGCCCCCAAAGAUUGACCCCACAGUCACUAUGAUGCAGGUGGAAGAGAAACCAGAUGUGACAUAUAGCGAUGUUGGAGGCUGCAAGGAGCAGAUAGACAAACUGAGGGAAGUUGUCGAGACGCCGUUGUUGCAUCCGGAAAGGUUUGUGAAUCUCGGAAUAGAACCACCGAAGGGUGUGCUGCUGUUUGGUCCCCCCGGGACAGGCAAGACACUGUGCGCUCGUGCCGUCGCCAACAGAACUGACGCUUGCUUUAUUAGAGUCAUCGGUUCAGAGCUGGUGCAGAAGUACGUCGGAGAGGUGCUCAUGGCUACCAACAGACCUGACACACUCGACCCUGCCUUGAUCCGGCCAGGCCGUCUUGACAGGAAGGUUGAGUUCAACCUACCAGACUUGGAGGGUAGAACUCACAUCUUCAAGAUACACGCACGCCAGAUGAACGUCGAGAAAGACAUACGAUUCGAGCUGUUGGCUCGACUCUGCCCAAACAGCACAGGAGCUGAGAUUCGCAGCGUCUGCACAGAAGCAGGCAUGUUUGCGAUCAGAGCUCGUCGAAAAGUGGCCACUGAGAAGGACUUCCUUGAAGCCGUCAACAAGGUCAUAAAGGCAUACGCCAAGUUUAGCGCGACCCCUCGCUAUAUGACGUACAACUAGGUAGUGACUGUACUCCUGCGUGCAAAUCAAACGGCAUUGGAGAGUUAUUUACUCGGCAAGGUGCAAGUUUUGUGAGCAGCUGGUAAUAUGUUUAGGCAUAAUUUGAUAAGUCACUUUCCGGUAUUACAUCAGCAUGGCAUAUAUAUAUAUAGGUUGUACUAAGUUAAACUAAGCAGAUUUCAAUGAGUUGUGUUUGCGAAAGACGUGAGUAAAUUGUCUUAUAAAUUUUGCACGAGGUCAUUCUGGAUGUUGAGUUCAAGCAAGUUAUGAACAAUUUCCCCUUGAAACGUUAUUGGACUGUAUAAAAUCGAUUUUCCUUUUAAAACGUUUCUGUUUUCAUAUUCUCAAUUGAUGGUCAUUUUACAAGCGACAUCUUUAAAUCAUAGACACUGUGCAGGUGUAGUGAGCCUCACACUGUAGUAAAAUCUACAAACAUCGUGUGCUGCUUAAACUGUUGCAUGUGAAUGUGCUACAUAAAUAAACACAAGUGUGAAACAUUUCAUACA